GAAUCAAUGGAUGGAGUAAAUGAUUCUGUGGUAAAUGAGUUUGUCCUUUUGGGUCUCUCUGCUUCUUGGGAGAUGAAGAUUCUACUCUUUUUCUUCUUCUCUGUAUUUUUUGUGGGAAUCAUGUUUGGAAAUCUCUUCAUUGUAUUCACUGUGAUUUUUGACUCUCAUUUACACUCUCCCAUGUAUUUCUUGCUGGCCAAUCUUUCUCUCAUUGACCUGGGUCUGUCAGCUACCACAGUACCAAGGAUGAUAGUGGACCUCUUCAGUGAAUGCAAUAUAAUUAUCUCCUUCCCAGGUUGCAUGACACAGAUGUUCUUUAUCCAUGUCAUGGGAGGAACUGAGAUGGUUCUGCUCAUAGCCAUGGCCUAUGACAGAUACACAGCAAUCUGUAAGCCUCUCCACUAUUUGACAAUUAUGAAUCCAAAAAUGUGUAUUUGCUUUGUAGUGACUGCCUGGAUAGUUGGAGUGAUCCAUGCGCUCUCUCAGUUUGUUUUUGUUAUAAAUUUGCCUUUCUGUGGUCCGAAUAAAGUGGAGAGCUUUUACUGUGACUUUCCUCGGGUCAUAAAACUUGCCUGCAUAGACACCUAUAACUUGGAGUUUGUGGUUACAGCCAAUAGUGGUUUUAUCUCCAUUGGGACUUUUUUCCUAUUGAUUGUCUCCUACAUUUUCAUCCUGGCCUCUGUUCGACAACAUUCUGUAGGUGAUUUGUCCAAAGCCUUCUUUACUUUGUCAGCUCACGUCACUGUGGUGAUUUUAUUUUUUGGUCCAUGUAUGUUUCUUUAUGUGUGGCCAUUUCCUACAUUGUCACUUGAUAAAUUCUUUGCUAUUGUUGACUUUGUUGUCACCCCUGUCUUGAAUCCUGCUAUCUAUACAUUAAGGAACAAGGAUAUGAAGAUGGCAAUGAAAAGACUGAGCAGCCAGAUUGUGAGUUCUAGGGAGACUUUGUGA